UAAGCGAGACUUCGGUCGAGAAUUUCUUAGCAGCGAAAGCUACAUUGUGCGACUCGUGAAAACACAGAUAAAAAUACAAGUUUUGGACGAGUCACAACAUUGCUGCACCGAUGAAACACUUUCGCUUAUGCUGAGCUGAAUCUAUUGCAUUGCACCUGCCCAAUGUCCUCACAAUAAACUACACAUUUAUCUGUGGCGUUGCAUGUGUGCGUGCGUGCAUCAGUGUACGUGCUGGGGGGGGGGGGGGGUAAAUUCACACGGCUACUCACUGUUACUACGGAUCCGUAAGGGCAACGACGCUCCGAUUGCCUCGGUGUGUUGGUAGAGCAAAUGCCCAAAAGAGCGUCGCUUGAGCAGGUGUAAGCUCUCUCGGCACUCCAGACAGCGCGAGUGAAUUGUCAGCAGUAAUGCUUGUGAGAGAGCUAAACGUCAUCUUCGGCUAGUGUGUUGCAUUGCUUUGUGAGAAAACACGUCCCGAACCUUAGUCGCACUGUGACUGCCUCCCGCGCGAAACUUCCACGUCUCUGUCGCCGUGCUUCGCAGACGUGCUUCGCCGACUGCGUUCGUAACGAGACGAGGCGCCACUGCGGCUGCACGCUGACCGACUAUCCCUUCCGGGCCUUCCUCAACGAGACGUUCUGCGCGGGACGCCGGUCUCAUGCGUGCACUUCCCGGUGGCGGCCGUCCUACGAGAAAGUCUGCUCGUCUCGCUGCAGGGUUCCGUGCCACGAAGUGUUCUACGAUGCGAACCCAGUGAAAAGCGAAGAUCCAGGACUCGUUCUCGAAGACGGCGGCUACCAUAUGGUGUCCGUCAAGUUCAGCAUGUCGUCAACUAGCGUCAACGUCCUGAUGUUCAUCGAAAAACUUCAGGUGACCCAGAUCCUGGCGUUGGUGGGCGGCUACCUGGGCAUAUGGCUCGGCCUCUCCAUACGCACGUUCGCCAUCCUCCUCGUCGACUGGUGCUUCGAGAGGCUCAGGCGCCUGCAGCGAUCCAAGUACGCGGCCGCUGAGGUGUCGAGCGUGGCCCGCUUCGUGCGGCUGGUCGUGGAGGCCACGUGCCUGGUGCUGUGCGUGCGCAACUCGCUGGCCGACGUCCACCACUACUGGCGCUUCCCGGCCUCCGUUGUCUACAACGAGGACCAGCACGUGCGCUUCCCCGUGCUCACGCUCUGCUUCCCAGACGGCUACAACAAAUCCGGGAUGCACGUCCACCAGGAGGUCGAAGCUCCUCUCGACAUCGGCGGAAACGGGGACGCGACGAUGCAGUUCAACGCGGACCACCUGAAGAACCUGAUCGAGCAGGCGUACCCACCGCAGGACAUGAUCCUCCACUGCCGUAUGAAGGCUCGCUCGGACCUGUGCCGGGACUUCGAAUGCAGAAAACUGUGGAAGGUAGCGUACACGUACGUGCUUCACACCGUCUGCUAUUCCAUGGACUUCGAUUUGACGGUGGAGCUCCGAGAACCGGAAACCGCAUUCGACGAGUGCCCCGAGCCUUGGAAAUAUAGGCUGGAGAUGACAGUGAAUGCGGGUCGCGACCCUAUGGGCAACCAGGUGAUCAUGGCCACUGUGCACGACUCCGGUAGCUUCUCGGGGGGCCUACCACGCACCAUCAUGAUGACGGCCACCCACAGAUACGUCAUCUCCACCAAGCAGACUGACGUGUUCACGCUGCCACCACCCUACGAGACAGCGUGCAUCGACUACCACCGCUUGAAUGACACCAAGACAAGAACUGGAUUCUCGAAGACCCAGGACAAGGAGUGCGAGGACACCUGCAUCCAGCACGUAUGGGAGAAGUUGUGCGGCUGCGUCAGCGCCAACUACAUGCUGCGCCACACCAUCGACGCGCCCGUCUGCUCCACCGUGGAACGAUUCACGUGCUGGUCGGACGCGUCGCGGAAGGAGAAGCUGAGGGAGUGCCGCACCAGCUGCCGGAGGCCAUGCGGGACGUCGGUGUAUGCUGCUACCAUCUUUGGCAGCGAUCACAAGGACGCACAACCGCAUGAAAUCUACGUUGUCCUUCUGCUUGGAUCCUACCGAAGGAAAAUAAUCGAAUCGAGGCCUAUGCUGACGGGCGACACACUUUUCUCGUACUUGGAGGGCCACAUCGGCAUGUGGCUCGGCCUGACGCUCUUCUCGGCGGCUGGGCUGGCAGCCGGGCUGUACCGGACGGCGGCCGAUUUCCUGCCUCCACUUCUCGCCACUGCAGCUCCACGGCGCGCUUAGGCGCGCCCAGCUGGCCUGUCCCGCACAACAAGCAGCUUCGGUCUCCACCGAAUCCACUGACAGAGUUCGGUUCAGGAGGCCGAAUCGCACUACCUGCCACAGAACGUUUCUUUCGUUUUCGUUUUUUUUUUAAUAUACGUUUGAAAAUUGUAAAGGAGAAAGAACACGUGGUGUGUUAAUCGGUCACCACUAGACUUAAUUGCCGCCUUCAACUGCGCACAAUGUCAUGCAGUUGGCAUGCGAGUUGAGCUUCAAGUUCCAAUCAAAUGUGACGCUGUGUUGGCAUAACUGGCGAUAUAAUACCAUAAUACCACAGGUUUUCUUUUCUCUCUUGUAGUUUCUCUACUAUAAUUUGGUAUAUAUCAUAAAUCG